AUGUCCGCUAAAUCAGUGGGACCGCGUCUACUGACGGUAGCUGAGCAAGGGCGUCUCACGGAGUUUCAAGACCAUAUCCACUACUCUGUUCGAUACAGUGAUGAUCUGUUUGAGUAUAGGCACGUAAUCCUCCCCAAGAAUAUGCUCAAAGUCAUCCCCAAAGACUACUUCAACACGGCGACAGGAACGCUGAGAAUUCUACAGGAAGAGGAAUGGCGUGGAUUGGGUAUCACACAGUCGUUGGGCUGGGAGCACUACGAAACUCACGCGCCAGAACCCCAUAUCCUUCUGUUCAAGCGCCCACGGCCUCUGGACAAGCCCGAGUAA